AUGGACAACGAACAGCCACACCAGGAGCUGGUAAAGUGUGUCCUCGUAGGCGAUACGGCCGUCGGAAAGACGCGGCUGAUCUGUGCCCGGGCCUGCAACAAGCACGUCUCGCUAUCCCAGCUGCUCAACACGCAUGUGCCAACCGUCUGGGCCAUUGACCAGUACCGGAUCUACAAGGAUGUCCUCGAACGUUCGUGGGAAAUUGUGGACGGUGUUAAUGUUUCGUUACGGCUCUGGGACACAUUCGGCGAUCACGACAAGGAUCGACGGUUUGCCUACGGACGCUCGGACGUGGUGUUGCUAUGCUUUUCGAUAGCAAAUCCCGUAUCAUUGCGAAACUGUCGCGCCAUGUGGUACCCGGAGAUACGGAAGUUUUGUCCAGACACACCCGUCAUACUGGUCGGCUGUAAGAACGAUCUACGGUACAUGUACCGUGAUGAAACGUAUCUGUCCUACUUCGGUGAACGAAGCCCGUUCGUUAGGGCGGCGCGCAAAUCCGAUCUGGUAAUGCCGGAUGAGGCACGGGCCGUGGCAAAGGAACUAGGCGUUGCCUACUACGAGACGAGCGUGUUCACGUACUUUGGCGUGAACGAGGUGUUCGAGAAUGCGAUCCGGGCGGCAUUAAUUGCGCGCCGCGAGCAUCGUUUCUGGAUGACCAACCUGAAGCGUGUUCAGAGGCCGCUGCUGCAGGCCCCAUUUCGACCGCCAAAACCUCCGCCGCCGGAAGUAACCGUUAUUACCGGCACGCAUACGAAGGACAUGCUUAACAUGUUCAAUUCCCAGUGCUAUACAGAUCUAGUAUUAAUUGUCGGUACUAUCCGUUUUUCCGUACAUAGAUUUAUGUUAGCUAGUAGUUCUAAUGCAUUUCAUAGGCUAUUAAUGAUGGACAUCAGUGACAUUGGUGCAAGAAGCAGCAGUGAGUCUAGUAUGGUAAGUUCGACGUUUGGCGAAUCGACGACGGCCGAUUUUAACGAGGAUACAGAGUGUCUAAUACGGCUCGAGCAGAACAAAGUGGCUCCCAAUCGCAUGUGGGAGCAACUGAAACGACGAUCCAGCUAUCAGGCAUUGCCAACGGUAGAACCGAAGAAAGAUCUCUAUCGGGAAUUGCAUCAUCCCGUGUUUCAAAGUAUUAGAGUAUUCCAGAUUGAAAGUGGAAGACAUAGCUACACGCAAACGCAGACAGUCGUGCAAAUUAGCAAGGUGAUCACACCGCAAGCAAUGCAGCAGUGUUUGAAGUUUAUCUAUACGGGCACGAUCGAUCGAGACUGUCUCGAUUUGCAGACUGCGUCGAUAGGAUUGAUACUGGAAAUACGACAAGCGGCUGAAUUUCUGGAGCUACCCCAGCUGAUGGUGCUGCUGUCCAACACGCAGGCAAAUCAAAGUUUCAUGAACGAUGAAACGAUUCAACACUAUUCGACGUGCAUGAAGCAAAAUUUGGAGAAAUAUUGUGUUCAGAACGGUAUCUUUGGUGAUAUUACGUUCGAGCUGGACGAUGGCCAUAUGAAGGCGCAUCGUGCCAUGCUGGUCGCGCGCUGUGAUGUUAUGAAGGCGAUGCUAAACGGCGAUUUUCGCGAGGCGCAUGCCAAUUUGAUCGUACUUCCCGGUGUGACGGAAUAUACCUUCCACAAGCUGCUGUGCUAUCUGUACACCGAUGAGAUACCGCCCAUCUCGGCGGACAAAUGUCUCAACCUGCUCGAGCUGGCGAAUCGGUUAUGUUUGCCCCGGUUGCUGAACCUGGUCGAGUGCCGUGUGAUCGAAGAUUUGCUUCGCAUGUCACAGAAUGAAACGAGCGAAGCGGUUGAACACUGUCUUCGGCUACUGGAACCGGUGAAGCUGCACAACGCACACCAGCUAGCGGAAUGGUGCAUGUCGUAUCUGUGCGUCAACUACAACAGCAUCUGCCGGCUGUCACCGCGCAGCCUGAAAAGCCUUCAUCCCGACAAUCAGGACUAUCUGCGGGAGCACCGUUGGCCACCGGUUUGGUAUCUGAAGGACUACGACUACUAUCAGCGCUGUAUGAACGAGAUGAACCGCGAGCUGAACAAUGGCAAAAAAGACUGUACCGCAGACGAUAAGGGAUGUCUGUGCUUUUCGGGAGUGUUUUUCUGGCUAUUAGGUAAAUCGAAGCGUUCAGCUGCUACGGCCAAAUCGGCGAUACAGGCGUCCGGUAAAGGGUCGGCCACUGCCGGCAACGAUCAGCAGGACGCAGUUAGCACCAGUCUCUUCCAAUCAAACGCCAACUCGGUCAACCAGCUCGAUCCGGAACACGAUGCCGGCGAUCUUUGACAUCCAGCCGACGGCCCGUGGAGAUCGCUCCGCUUCAUCGUCAUCCUGCCGGUGCUUAUCUGCUUCAUCUGCACGAUCCUUAGCAUCCUGAUCAUCUUCCAGAUCUAUACAUAAUAUUUGCUACAACGGUAGCCACCGUUGGACGGCUAUUGACGAAGGUUAGC